AUGUCGACCAAAAAACAUUUACGGAGUCAAGCAAAAGAAAUUACUGCGAAAGUGUACCGCAGAAUGAAAUAUGAAGCGGAAAAUGGAGUGGAAAAACUAUCUGACGCUAGAUGGCGAACUGCUCAAGCCGUUGGUGUUAGUGAAUCUACGAUUACACGAAUUUUGAAAGAAGAGAAGAAAGCUAGUACAUCAAAUGAUACGUCACAAAAAAUUUUUAGAUCGCCCUCAAAACCAAAAAAGGAAGCGUACCAAGUCUAA